AUUAUUUUAUUUAGAACUACGAUAAAUUACGUUACAAGAUGUUUUAUUUUGGUUUUGAGAUUUUGUUGUUUUUAAAUGUGGUCACACUUUUACACCACUGUCUUUUCGGUACAUGAUUGCAAACAAAAUAAGUUUGCCCUAAUCCGUGAAAUAUGUCUGUGGUCAUUGAGACUACACUGGGCGACUUGACGGUGGAUCUGUUCACAGACGAGCGACCAAUUGCGUGCCUGAACUUCAUAAAGCUAUGCCAGUUAAAGUAUUACAACUUCAACCUUUUUCACACGGUGCAACAAGGCUUCAUAGCGCAAACGGGCGACCCCAAUGGCUCUGGAGAUGGCGGCUCCUCCAUUUGGGGUGUUGUGGAGGGAGCACACAAGCGUUUCUUUGAGGCCGAAUACAUACCGAAGAUUCAUCAUUCAAGCGCCGGACUGGUCUCAUUUGUCAGUGCUGGCAAAAACCUUGUGGCAUCACAGUUCUUCUUCACGCUUGGUGAGAAUCUAACUUCUCUGGAUGGGACUCACUGCGUUUUUGGUGAGGUAGUGGAGGGACACGAGUUGCUGCGCAGUCUAAACGAUGCCAUUGUCGAUGAUAACUUCCGUCCUUAUCAAGACAUACGUAUCACCCAUACAGUUGUGCUCGAGGAUCCGUUUCCCAAUCCACGCGGCUUUCAAGUACCCAGCCGUUCGCCGUCUCCCAGUGCAGAGCGGUUGAAGAAUGGACGCAUUGCCGCCGAUGAGGACAUCGACGACACCGACGGGAAGACCAUGGAGGAAAUGCAAGAAUUGCUGGCUGAGCGUGAAGCCAAAGCACGUGCUACAAUUCUUGAAAUAGUGGGUGAUUUACCAGAUGCGGAGAUGGCGCCGCCGGAGAAUGUUCUGUUUGUAUGCAAACUGAAUCCCGUGACAACCGAUGAUGACCUGGAGAUCAUAUUCAGCCGGUUUGGCGUCGUAAAGGGAUGCGAGGUAAUACGUGAUCGCAAAACAGGUGACUCCUUGCAAUACGCUUUCGUGGAGUUCGACAACCAGAAGUCAUGUGAAGCAGCCUAUUUUAAAAUGGACAAUGUGCUUAUCGAUGAUCGACGUAUUCACGUCGACUUCUCGCAAUCUGUAUCCAAGGUGACUUGGCGCGGUAAAGGCCGUGGUGUUGUGGGUUCUGAUGGAAAGCUGGAUUUCAAUAAUUUGAGAGAGAAAAAUGGAUAUAGUAAUAUGAAUAAAACCAGAGAAGAUGGACGGAAUAAGGCUGAGUACGACCAGCAUAAUCAGAGAAGCCGAAUGAGUUCUAAGGAGCGUAGAAAGGCUCGUGAGCUUCGCCACCAAGAACAGAAAGAUAGUCAUCGAUCAAGAGAUGAUAACGCUCGACGUCAUAGAGAACGAUCACGGUCAAGGGAUCGAUCUACUCAGUACCGAUCACGAUCGAGAAAUCGGCAUACUCAGCGACAUUCCCGAUCAAAGGAUUGGCCUACCCAGCGACGUUCCCGAUCAAAGGAUCGGCCUACCCAGCGACGUUCCCGAUCAAAGGACCGGCCCACCCAGCGAUCUAACCAGCGGCGCUCGCGAUCAAGAGAUCUGCAUUAUCAGCGACAUUCGCAAUCUUAUGAUUCGCAUCGUAGAAACCCAUCAUCAGCUUACAAGGGUAAUAAUUACUCGACCGAAUAUAGAAGUCAAUUGGAUCAUAGCUUUGAAAGAAGAGAUGCGGAUGAAAGUACACACAGAAAGCAAGAAAACGUCAAGGUCGAUGACAACAGCAGAAGGCGUAAGGAGGACUGGUCUGGAAGUUCAACAAAAGGAAAAAAGAAAUCCAAACGUGCCAAGAUCAGCAAAUCCUCAGACAGUGAAUCAUCCUCAACUGAUGACAGUUCGGACGCUAGCUCCAAAGGCAGCACACCCUCGUCAUCAGAACCUAGAAAGAGGGAAAAGAAACCCAAGAAAUCCAAGUCGAAGAAACACAAGUCCAAAACAAAGCACAAGAAAUAAUAGUUGGAUAGUUUAUUAUUAACAAUAUACAAUUUGGUUCCACAUCUA